AUGUCGACUUUAAAAGAACGUAAAGAAGAAUUUGUUUCUGGCUUAGACGGUGGAUCUAUAGAAGAAAUUAACCUGGUUACCUCUGUUUCAUUAGUUUCCUAUGUUUGCUGGUAUCUGUACUCUGAUAAUAGAAAUAGUAUAUGGUUAGAUUUCGUAUUAAAUUGGAUUUCUAUGUUAUUAUCAAUUACAAAAUAUUCGGAUAACAUUGUCCUAUUAAACCUACUGCUUAUUGUACCAGCAGUCAUAUUUAACGCCAAUAAUAUCAAGAAUAAAUUGUUCAAGAAGCAAAAUUCAAAUAAAAUUCAGAAAAAUGAUGAAAUAAAGGAUUUUGCAUUACCAAAGAUUCCAUUCCUUACUGCAUACCGUAGCAGUAUGCUGGUUAUUACUAUGAUUGCUAUUUUGGCUGUUGAUUUUCAGAUUUUCCCUCGUAGAUUUGCCAAGGUAGAGACUUGGGGAACAUCACUAAUGGAUUUAGGUGUUGGUUCAUUUGUAUUUAGUAAUGGUAUUGUCGCAGCUAGAAGUUUAUUGAAAGAUAAGAUGAGUCCAAAUGGCAAAAACCCCUUAUUUCAGCGAAUUAUUGUUUCAUUUAGAUCAGGUGGAACAUUACUAGUUAUAGGAUUACUAAGAACAUAUUUUGUUAAAAAUUUAGAAUAUCAAGAGCAUGUUACAGAGUACGGCGUUCAUUGGAAUUUCUUCUUAACCCUUGCAUUUCUACCACCUGCUUUAGUUCUUGUUGAUCCUAUAGCAGAAUUCAUUCCAAGGGUUUUAAUAGCCCUCGGUAUUGGAUUAACCUAUGAAUUUUGUCAAUUGUAUAACGAGGGCCAACUAUUGAAGUUUAUGAUUCUAGGUCCUAGAACUAAUAUAUUCAAUUCUAAUAGAGAAGGUAUUCUUUCAUUUUUUGGAUAUUGCUCUAUCUUUUUACUUGGUCAAAGUACUGGAUUUUAUAUCCUCGGUAAUGCACCAACUAAAAAUAAUCUUUAUAAACCAUCAGUAGAUAUCCUUUUGAAUGGUUCAUCUACCAAACAAUCUAGGAGAUCUAACAUCAAAAACAAUCAACAGAAAAGCAUUAGCACAUGGGAUAGAUUAACUACUGUAACACCAAUUGCAGGGCUAUUACUUUCAUCAUUGAUCUCAAUUGCUAUAUAUCAAAUCAUUAUGGCAUACCACCCUUAUAAUAUAUCUCGAAGAUUUGCCAAUUUACCAUACUGUAGUUGGGUUGUUGCAUACAAUCUAAGCUUUUUAUCAAUGUACUGCCUAAUAGGUAACUUAUUGGGCAAUGAUGACUAUGAUUCUAAAGUCCCAAUUACAUUGGAAGCAUGUAAUAGAAACGGGUUGAUCAUGUUUUUGUUGAGUAACGUUACCACAGGGGUUGUCAAUAUGAUGAUACCAACUAUAGAUUCCACUGACAUCGAAGCAUUGGCCAUUUUAAUUGCGUAUUCUCUCUUUUUAUGUGGUGUUUCUAUGAUUCUUUUUAAGAAAGGAUGGUUCAUCAAAAUAUAA